AUACUCGGUUCAUGCUUGCCUGCUGCAUCGUUCUGGCAAAGAUUUUACCCACGGUUUUGCCUCGUUGGUAAUAAACGGAAACGUCAAAAUGUCAUAACACGUCUUUCUCCUGAACUUCCUCAUUACAAAGCAUGCACUCGUCUCCAGUAUUAUAAAGUCAUGGUGGACCCAAGUACAUCUGACAACUUUACUUUCCCAUCAACUUUGUUGAAUAACUUAUCAAGUUUAUCUUGGGAAUCUACGUCUGCUUUCUACGAUGUUACAAAUGAAAGUACAUCAACAGAGUUUCCAGAACAAAUUCAAACUGAAAUGUCAACAAGUGUGGUAAAUACCAGCAGAAUUACUGACAUCAUCGAAAACCUGACCAAAGCUAUUGAUGGUGCAACAAACUCUACCCAAUCUUCCCCCAUUGAUUCUACCACCAAAGGUACUAUCUGCUCUACGACGGAAGAACCAUUCGAUGAAUUUGGACCCCCUGAAGGAGUCCAGUAUAUUUUUGUUCCUUUAGGAGUUAUGAUCUUCGUUGUAAUACUAUCUGCUGUGGUAUUGAUUAUAUCACGAAAGCGUAAAUUGGAACGAUUGAGGCACAGAUUAAUGCCAUUAUACAAUUUUGAUCCUGGCGAAGAGGGAGAAGAUGAUUGGGAAACUGAGCUGCUAGAUGAGAAUUUCGAUACUCGUCAAAAGAGACAAGGCUAUCAAUCAAUGGACACGGAGGAAAAUGCAGAACUGUUCAGCAGCCACUGAAGGAGUCGUAUUAUUUUGAACCAAAGUUAUAAUCCUUUAAAAUAGUUAUGAUCGUUAUUACUACGUAAUAGUAUUCACUUGAUAUUAAUUAUAUACAUGUGUGUACGUAGAUAUACGUACAUGUAACGAAAGAAUCCAAUCUAGUAAAGAAUCUUAUUCGUAUUAAUAGGUAGAGACGUUUAUUUGUAAGGCUGGAGCUGAAGUAAGUUUUUUAUUUGAAUAUGAGCUCUGUAAUUUAAACAUUUAGCAAUCUCUAAGCAAAUCACUUGCGCGUAGCCAGCACCAUUCUGUUCAUCUUAAAUUGCAACACGUGAUAUAGAUCGUAAAGUAUUUUAGCACAUAUUCAUCACACUUGACGUUGACACGUUUUUACUCAAAGCGAUUAUUAAUUAUAAUUAGUAUUAUUUCAGUUGCUUAAAGUAACGAAAAGUUUUACUUAGUAGGUACAGCAUUAACAUGUAAAUGUAUAGUAGCAUUAAUCACUGCUACGUACAAUCAGCCAAAGAUAAUCUAACUUUUAUAUUGUUCGUACAUAUAUUGCAAUAUUAUGAAUAUCGAAGAAUACAGCGUUGGCACUGUAUGAAUAAAAACUAUCUAGUCCAUAGCAUGUAAUAUAGUGAAAUCAAAUGUAAACGAUAUCUGAUUGCCUAUUUCAAGUAAAUCAAUUUCAGUAUUAUCUACUAAUAGUUUAUAGCCCACAUUAAUUAUGUAACUUACGUAUCCUAUUAUGCCUACUUAUUUUUGCAUAAUAAAAUGCACAAAUGAUUUCCCCUAGUUAUUCUCUGUAGUUAAUUCCUGCAUGCAAAUCCUUAUGCAAUUCAUUAAUUAGGUACACAGGUCGAAUAUAAACUCCUUAACACAAAGAACGGUGAGGACUCCUAAAAAGGAAUAAAUUAUUACAAAUUAUUUUGUUUAUAGUUUAUUUAAUACAAAUUUGACAUUCACACAAUGUAUGUUUAAUCAGAAAUAAGAUUUCGUUUGACAUUGUAGCAAUACUUUCUACAUCUUUUCACAUGGAAAGUACUCCACCAGGUUUACGGAUAUUUAGUGAUUACGAAGUUAGUUGCUUCUUAUAUUUCGGAGCAGAGCCAUUUUUACUUAUAAUAUUAAUAUAUAGAAGUGCCAUAAGGUAAUAUAAUCGUAUUUGAAGAUACUAAAAACCAUUGUUUAAAAAUGAAAUUGGGUCGUACAGUACAGAUGAACCCGGGCUUGGAUGCCUAAAGUCUUAAAUGUUUGUUCACAUUUUCAAUAUUUAGUAAUAAAUCAAAACGUGU